AUGGACGCCCCUGCGGAGCUGCUGGCGGCCCUGCCGCUGCUGCUGACGGCGCUGGCCCUGCUGCUGGCCUCGCUGUGGGUGCGGCGGGCCCGGCCUCCAGCCCCGGCCUCAGUUUCCCCCUCUUCCCCGGAGCCCCAGCCCCAACCGGCCGGGACCCGGGAGCCGACCCCCGGGGACGCCCCCCGAGCUGACCCCCCUAAGGACCCGGAGGCCGAGCCCGGGACGUCGCCCGAGACACCCGAGCCGCCGCCCCCCGAGGCCGAAGGCCCCGAGCGCCCCCCGCCCCCCCAGCCUCCUGCCCAGGGGCCAGAGAAAGUUCCCAGCCGCGUCCAGCCCUCCGAGGAAGAUGACCUGGACUCGGAAAGUGAAAAGCUCCCUGCAGCUGAGGAGCCUGAAGAGGAGGAGGAGGAAGAAGACUUCUCCUUUAAGUACAGCCCUGGAAAGCUGAGGGGAAAUCAGUAUAAGAACAUGAUGACCAAAGAAGAGUUGGAAGAAGAGCAAAGGGUCCAAAAGGAGCAGCUGGCUGCCAUCUUCAAGCUCAUGAAGGACAACACGGAAACGUUUGGCGAGAUGUCGGAUGGGGACGUAGAGGAGCAGCUCAAGCUUUAUGACAUGUAGACGCCGUGGGGCCACCAGACACGCUCUGGCUUUGACCGCGGGGCCCUAACCCUCGACAGCAGACGGAGGACGGACUGUCAUACUGUGAAUGCGGCGCUAAACUCCAUGCUGUGUUCUCUUCAGACUUUUCUAGAUUUAGCCAUUGCAGUAUGUAGUCUCGAGCACGUACUGAGCACCGGUUAUGCACGUAGCACUGUACUUAAGCGCUCGGAGAUAGACCAAGUUAUAGACUGAAGAGAGCCAGCCCCUGCCCUCAAGCAGCUUACUGUGUGCCGAGUCCUGAACUAAGCGCUUGGGAAAGUACAAUAUAAUAGAAUUGGUAGAUGCGAUGCCUGCCUACAAGGAGGUUACAGUCUACAGGAGGCCAACACAGACCCACUCAUGAUUAGAGCCAGAAAGGGAAAUAGACUGGCAUCCUGAUGUUCCCCAUACCUUUAGAUGAUGUGAAUUUUCAUACAUUUCCCUGUAUCUCCCACCCUCCACCCCAGCGGGGAUGGGGGCUAGGGCGCCAUGAUGUCACACAGUCCUCCAGGCGAGAAGAAAGAGAGGGUCUGGAACCUCUCACCCACCUGGCCUCCUCUACCCACCCUCCGCUCCCUCGGUGUGUUUGGCCUUUAUAAAUCUCCUCACAAUUGGCAUCUGGUUGGGCCUUCCUAAUGCCCGGGCUUUGCUUCCGCACUGUUGAACUUUGGACUGUGCGGCCCAGUGCUUCCACAUUCCUGACCAAACUCGUCAAGGUUCUUUUUCCCCGUUCCGGGGCAGGAAAUGGGAAUCUCCCAGCCGGUAGGAGGGGGACUCUGAGAAGCUGCUGCCAGGAAAUCAGUGCUGCUGAGGCCCUUUCUAGAGCUCCCUCUCUACCGUUACAUCUCUUUGCACGGAUUAGGUGAGGUGGGUCCCUGGGCCUAAACAGGGAUUUAAAGGUACCAUAUCUCCCUUCCGCUGGGCUAGCAGAGGCUGGAGUCUACUAUACCCAUCUCCCUGCCGGGUACAUAAAGACUCUUAAAAUCCAGUGGUAACACCAUCCAAUCCAUUAAAGGUAUUUACCAAGCCCUUACUCUGUCCAAAGCAGUGUACUGAGUGCUUACUGUAAGCCCCUAUCCAGUGUAAACCCUGGAUUUAUGUACCUGGCAACAUCGCAUGCUUAUCAAACAAAUUGAAAAUGAGGCUGGUUCUUUUAGGGUGUAAGGAGUUAAUUGUUCAUGCCUCAAGAGAAGAAUUAAUACAGAUGCCUUCGAAGCAGCAUGGCCUAGUGGAAAGAGCUUGGGCCCUGGAGU